AUGAAGGGAAGAGGCAAGCUUGAGACGAUUCAGCGGGUGCAGGUCACCACCCGUGCGGGGCUGCGUGCCUGGCUCGAGGCCCACCACCUCACCUCCCCCGGCAUCUGGCUCGUCACCUUCAAAAAGAAUCAACCGAAGAAGAAGACAGCAACCACCGAGACCGAAGAUGAAGAAGACACCAACAACCACCUGCCCUACGCCGACGCCGUCGAAGAGCUGCUGUGCUUUGGGUGGGUCGACGGCCGCGCCUCGCGGCUCGACGCCGCCCGCUCCAUGCUACACGUCUCGCCGCGCAAGCCCACCAGCGUCUGGUCCGGCCUCAACAAGACCCGUGUGGCCGCCCUCGAGGCCGCCGGGCUGAUGGCCCUGCGGGGCCGCGAAGUGGUCGCCGUGGCCCAGGCCAACGGCCAGUGGGACGCGCUCAAGCAGGUCGAGGCCCUGGUGGUGCCCACGGACCUGGCCAAGGCCCUGGCGGCCCGCGGGCCGUGGAUCGAGCAGGCCAAGCGGAGCGAGACGCGCCGCAAGCGGGUCGACGAGACCGCACGCCUGGCCGAGCGCAACCAGCGCGCCAACCAGUGGGUGCCCAAGCAGUAA